GGAGGUUGUAGGUUACUCAGUACCACUCAUCAGAUUCCUUCUGUGUGGGCCGAAGGAGUGUAAUUUCAUCAUGGGUCCAAAAAAUUCAACUUUUGAACAACCAUGGAGGACAGUGAAUUGGAGUGAUAGAGAACCAAUGUUACGGAGACUGAGGGAGUUUCAGCCAAUUCCCAGUGUUGACCAGCUCAGGAUUUUGGUUGUUGGACCAGCAGGUGCUGGGAAGUCUGCCUUUAUCACCUCAGUUAAUACUGCCCUCCAAGGCCACAAUACUUACCUUGCACGUUCACUCAGUGGCCGUUGUAGUGUCACCAGCAAGUACACCGUCUACAAGCUGAACAAAGGCACAGAGGGAUCUUUCUUUCCAUUUGUGUUUGGUGACACGAUGGGACUCGAAGAAGGUUUAAAUGGUGCACACCCAAACGACAUCAUCAAUAUUCUGCACGGUCAAAUGGAAGAGGGAUACACAUUUAAUCCUUUGAAGAAGCUGACUGCUGACAGCAAUUACUUUAACAAAACCCCAAAUCUAAAUGACAAAGUUCACUGUCUGGUGUUUGUCAUACCAGCAGACAGAAUCCCUGACCAAAUGACUGAAGAAAUCAGUAAAAUGAAACAAAUUCAGGAACAAGCAUGUGAAUUAGGGAUUCCUCAAGUUGUCAUCAUGUCCAAGGUGGAUGCUGCAUGUCCACUUGUCAAAGACAAUCUGGAAAUGAUCUACAGGAGCAAGAAAAUCAAAGAGAAGAUGGAGGAGUGCAGUAUCAGACUGGGUAUUCCAGUGAACAGCAUCUUCCCUGUAAAGAACUAUCACGAGGAAAUCAGCAACAACCCUGAGACGGAUAAUCUGAUUUUCAUGGCAGUGACAAAUAUUGUGAAUUUUGCCAAUGACUUUACGAGAGCUUCUGAAAAACCAUGGAGGCCAGUGAAUUGGAGUGAAAGAGAACUAAUGUUACGGAGACUGAGGGAGUUUCAGUCAAACCGAAGUGUUGACCAGCUCAGGAUUUUGGUUGUUGGACCAGCAGGUGCUGGGAAGUCUGCCUUUAUCACCUCAGUUAAUACUGCCCUCCAAGGCCGCAAUACUUACCUCGCUCAUUCACUCACUGGUGGUUGUAGUGUCACCAGCAAGUACACCGUCUACAAGCUGAACAAAGGCACAGAGGGAUCUUUCUUUCCAUUUGUGUUUGGUGACACGAUGGGACUCGAAGAAGGUUUAAAUGGUGCACAUCCAAACGACAUCAUCAGCAUUCUGCGCGGUCAUGUGCAAGAGGGAUACACAUUUAAUCCUUCGAAGGUGCUGACUGCUGACAGCAAUUACUUUAACAAAACCCCAAAUCUAAAUGACAAAGUUCACUGUCUGGUGUUUGUCCUACCAGUAGACAUCAUUGCCCAAAUACCUGAAGAAAUCGCUACUAAAAUGAAAGAAAUUCUGAAAAAUGCACGUGAAUUAGGGAUUCCUCAAGUUGUCAUCAUGUCCAAGGUGGAUGCUGCAUGUCCACUUGUAAAACAGAACCUGAAAAUGAUCUACGGGAGCAAGAAAAUCAAAGAGAAGAUGGAGGAGUGCCGUGACAUACUGGGUAUUCCAGUGAACUACAUCUUCCCUGUAAAGAACUAUCACGAGGAAAUCAGUAACAACGCUGAGAUAGAUAUUCUGAUUCUGAUGGCAGUGACAAAUAUCGUGAAUUUUGCCAAUGACUUUGUGAAAACAAAAGUGUCAGAAUAAUGGAAAAAAUGAUCUGACUGUCUAAGUGGGUAAAAAUUUAAAUGACAGCACAUGGAGUAUAAAGGUGUGUGCACUAGAGGUGUGUGACUGUGUUUUGUUUUGUUUUUUAAAUCUUAUUCCUGCCUGCUUCUGCAGUUAUUAUUUUUGUUUGCACCUGCUCACUUUAUAUUCUUAUGUAUAACUUCAGAAAAUAUUUCUCAAAAUAUUAACAAACUAUUCAUUUAAAUCACAGAGCCCCUAACCAGAAAUAAAGUGUUUAUCAUUCAUUCCAUUAAUCUUCCAUAAUGUUAAUGAACUUGGUCUGUUUUAGUCCUCCAAGCUUCAUAUCUAACUGCAUUCAUGAAAGUCCUGAUCCACACCUCUAAUGUACAAACAAGAUAAUUCUGUUCGAUCACAAGAAAGUUUAUCUUUUUAUCUGCUCUGCUUUAUUAUGCUAAAUAAGAACCUCAGCAGGUGGGUGGUGGCAAUUCUAAAUAAACAUAUACAUAGAAGUCCUGAGAAAAUAAUGUGCAUGUUAAUUAAUUAGUCAAUUAACCACAUUAAUCAACUACAAUAAUCCAGUUACUCUGUGAUGGUGGCAUGUAUUAAUCAAUAGUGCAUGAAGAUCAUUUAUGUUAGAAAACCGAGCUUGAUAGCUGCUAAAACUGAUAUGACACGCUGUUUACCAAGGCUAACUUCGUUAUCAAGAGCCCUGAUUAGCUAUCAUUAUAAACAAAUACAAAAAUGAAUAGCUCAUAUGUGACUUACACGAAGGAAUACGUAUAUGGUAGGGAUAAAUUUAUGUGACUUACACAAAGGAACACAAAUAUGGUUAAAUUUAUAAAUUUAUAUCUGGAAUUUAUAUAUUUCUGUAAAGCUGCUUUGUGACAAUGUCCAUUGUUAAAAGCACUAUACAAAUAAAAUUUAAUUGACUUGAAUUGAUCCAUAGGUGACACUGUGUAUAAGAAGAGCAAGUCAGACACACAGAAGUGUCUCUCUCUCUUUCUCUGAACAUAUGGAUGAAAGAAAAAGCUGUAUUGGUUGAGAGUUUGUUGACAGACAGACUUAUUAUUCCUGAAUUCAAUCAGUGAUGUUGAAAAAACUGUUUAUGUUCUAAUAAUAAAUCUGUCAAUGCCAUUUUUGAGCUUUCUGACUCUUUGUUAUUAACCCAAUCAGGAUUUCUUACAACAGAGUACCAGAAAAUGUAUCAAUUUUCCAAAGUUAAAUUCAUCUUAGGAGGCUAUACUCCUUCAUUCAUUCUUCUUCAGUAAGUGCUAUAUCCUGGUCAGGGGUGUGAUGCAUUUGGAGCCUGUCCCAGGAACCCAGGCCGUCUGGUAGGAAUACACCCUGGAUGGAACUCCAGCUCACUGCAGCAUUGCAGGGUGCCAUGCACACACAUUCACACACUCAUUCACACCUAGGGGGAUAAUUGGGAUACUUUAAGAACAACCUUGCGAGUGCAGAAAAGUGAGUCUGCAGGAGGUGUUUUUCUGGGCAAGUUUAAAAUAUCUUAUUUUAAACCAUUGAGCUGAAAUUAAAUCUAUUGUAUUUCAAUUUCCUACAAAACGUAGGCUAUGGCAAACUAAAGGAAUGUUUAAAUGCACAAAAUGUAUCUAUGUUGUACAGAACCAUUUCUGCUGUAGUGAGACCUACACAAAUAUUACAGUGAUUCAGCUCAGAAUGUUUUUGCCUACAUAGACCAACUGCAUCAUUAUAUUUAAAAAUCGAACUAUA